AUGAAUGUCGUCAGUUCAUCAUGGUCUAAUCUAUGGUUUGGUCGAUUGUCCUCUGUAACUUUCGCGUUUAAUGAUAAGUCGAUUCCACAAUCACAACGUGUUUACAUCAUCGAUCAGAUACUUGGUGUAUCACCUCGACUCACAUAUCUCACUGUAGAAUGGAACUAUUUACGUUAUUGUUUACAUCCUAAUAAGAAUGUGAAAAAAUUAGAACUUAUUCUAAACGUGCAUUACAUUGAUCCAAAUCCGGAUAUUCAUGUUAAUCAUCUCUUCCAAUUAUUACCUGGCAUAUGUUGCUUCGUGACAAGUGGUGGCAAUCUAGAAGGUUAUUGUUCAAUCAAACCAGAAAUUCAACUAGAAUUAGAACAAGCAAUAAUCACUUCUGGUAACAAACGUUUACUCGAUUCGAACACAUAUCAAAUAAUAUUUCCAAAACGCAAUAAACUUACAAUAUGGUUAUCGUAG